AGCUCCCCCCUUUGCGCUAUGAGUUCUGCUGCCUCGUCACUCGUCCAGGGCCCUUCCGCUGCGCGCACGACUCUUGCUUAUUGUGUUUCCAAGUGACAGAUAAGCUGCUGAGAAGUGGGAAAAGAGGAAAAGAACAGGUGAAAACUGGGGACUCGCCUGGAGAUACGGGUUAAUAAACUAAUUGUUGAAAAAAAAAAGGAGGAGAGACGCCUAAAACUAAACCGUCUGGUUUCUCUGCCAGGGAGUUUACAGUAGGCUAAUUAAAUCCCAGAAAGCGGAGUGGCGCCCAGUUGUAAAACGAACCUUUUAAGGUUAAUCGGGGGAACAGUGGGAAAUUCUUCCUACCUUACUUUUUUUUUAAAGGGGAGCAGACCCACGGUUUGAGGUGUGAAGACGACCUGAAGAAGUUCACCGCUCCGGUCCGGCAUGCUGGCGUUUUGCCUUUUAAGUGCCGCGUGGCUUGCGGCGAGCCCGGUCCGCGCUCAGAACGAGACGGAACCAAUAGUCCUGGAGGGAAAGUGCCUAGUGGUGUGCGACUCCAACCCGACCUCGGACCCCACGGGCACGGCGCUCGGGAUCUCGGUGCGCUCGGGAAGCGCAAAGGUGGCGUUCUCCGCAGUCCGGAACACCAACCAUGAGCCCUCCGAGAUGAGCAACCGGACUAUGGUCAUCUACUUCGAUCGGGUUCUAGUAAAUGUUGGGAGAAAUUUUGAUGAAGAGAGAAGUAAUUUCAUUGCGCCACGGAAAGGAAUUUACAGUUUUAACUUCCACGUAGUUAAAGUCUACAAUCGUCAAACUAUACAGGUGAGCCUGAUGCACAAUGGUUGGCCUGUGAUUUCGGCAUUUGCCGGUGACCAGGAUGUGACACGCGAGGCAGCCAGCAAUGGUGUUCUGAUCCAGAUGGAGAAGGGAGACCGGGCCUACCUCAAAUUGGAGAGAGGAAACCUAAUGGGAGGAUGGAAAUACUCCACCUUCUCUGGCUUCCUGGUGUUUCCCAUGUAGAGAGGAAGCGGAGGAGGAGGAGGCGCAGGGGUGGAAACAAAGGAGGAUAAGCUGGUGGAAGCUGGAAAGCAAAUCGAAGAUGAUGAAAAGGCAGAUGGAGGAGGAAGAGCGGCACAGGAAAAAGAAAAAGGACAUGGCUAAGAUGGCGGGAAAGCAGAAGAGGGAAAUGACAACAGACUUCUGUUUGGGAUGCUGCAGAGGGGGGAGAGAUGAGGAAGGAUGAGAUGUUAGAGAGAUAUGAGCAUGAUUAUAGAAAAGUGUGAUGUCAGAGAAUUAUGGAACCAGUACAUGAGAGUGUACGGUCAGCUUCUUCACUUUGCUUCCUCUUUUCAUCCAUCCUUUCAUGCAUCCUUUUCCUCCCUCUGUUUUCUCUGUGGCUUGACUGCAGCUUUGGACAGCCAAAACUUUUUUUAUUCUCUGCUGACAGACGCAAUUGAUCAUUUAUAUGGUCCAGAGUGUUCUGAAGCCCACGAGUAACCCUCCCCUCCCAUCCUCCACGCUCACUAAUCCAGUCAUUUAUUCAUUGAUCACCAUCAACAUCAGCUUUGACAAAUAUUACUUGAGGAACUGUUUCCCACAAACCCCCAUUUACCGUGCCCAUAUGUGUAUUUGUGUUUUUCUUAUGCUUGACAUAAACUGCACUGAUUUUGGAUCAGCCUCUUCCCCAAAGCUAAACUAUCAUUUUUAUAGGGUAAACAGUAAACUCUGAUCACAAAAUCAGGGGAUAUGGAAGCAUUUACUUUCCCUGUAAAGCCGUCUUUUAUAUUUAUCAUUACAAUCAUUCGCUUUUUAUGAUCAAUUUACAGUUUGUUCUUGUUUCUCCUCUCCAUCGCUCCUGCUGUCUGUUAUUUAAUCAUUACAUGUAGCAGGAUUAAACUUUCUAAUGGUUAUUGUUAAGCACUCGUAGCAGUAGGGUCAAGGUCAGGAAAAGAUCAGAAUCUUAGUUAAAUACUUUACUGUGUGUAUUUAGGCAAAGCCGCAACCUUUUCCUACAAUAAACAAAAGUAUUUUUGCUGGCGAAAACUCAUCUGCACUCACUCUGCCAUCCAGUUUACCCUCCAGCCACUAAAACUUGUCGUACGUAAGUAGAUAGUCACUAAAGUUGCAUACAAAAUGUAACCGGGGAGAAAGAAAGCAGAAAACAGAAGGAGAUGACAGAACAGGUAAAUGUAAUAAACCAUAUCCAGUUUCUGAUCGAGUACUUUUCUGUCAAUCUCAUGUGUCUGUAUCUAAUGAACCUAACAUUGUUAUUGAUGCAAGUCACAUAGCCAAACAAAAAAGUAAUGCUUUACUUUGCUCCUUCACUGUUUUAAUCAUCACUCUGGCCAACGCACAAACAUCUGAAUCCAGCUCCGCUCUGUCCAUCCGUCCUUUCCCCACACUCUCAUCUUUCCUUAGUCAGUCUGCUUCUUUCUCUUCCUCUGUUGAUGGUCUCACCAUCAUUGCACUGUUUCUUUUCAUAUCGCAUCCCAUUUCCAGGAUCCCUUUUCUCUCUUCAACUAUGCUGUUUACCCACAAGUGCAGAUUUCUCUUCUUUUUUUGUACACAUCUGUUAUCCCUUCCAUCCUCCUUUCCUCAACAGUCCAUGUCUUUCCCCUCCCUCAUGUCUGUACUCUUAUCUGCUGCUGUACUCAUUUGCCUCCUAGCACGGAUCCUUCCUUGCUUUUCUUCAAUGUGGACUGUGGACACUGAAACAACCCUCAACU